AUGCUACCCUACGCCGCUCGCUUCAAGCUGUUACUCACAAAACAGGUCCUCUCAGGCAAAGGAGGAGUAGGCAAAUCAUCAGUCACAACACAAUUAGCACUGUCGCUCGCUUCAGCCGGUCACUCUGUCGGCAUUCUCGACGUCGAUUUAACCGGCCCUUCAAUCCCCCGCAUGCUCUCAAUCGAAGAGUCAAAAGUCACACAAGUACCAGGAGGAUGGGCGCCAGUAUUAGUCCAUGAAGGAGACUCAUCCAAAGGCCUCGGGUCUCUACACGCGAUGAGUCUAGGCUUUCUCCUCCCGAAGCGAGGCGAUGCCGUUGUUUGGCGAGGACCAAAGAAAACAGCAAUGAUUCGGCAAUUCCUCAAAGACGUACUCUGGGACGAGACCGACUUUCUACUCAUCGACACACCACCCGGAACAAGCGACGAGCAUAUAUCCCUCGCGGAAACGCUGCAAAAAGACGCACAGCCGGGCCAGGUCGCGGGCGCAGUGGUGGUGACGACACCCCAAGCCGUAGCGACAGCGGAUGUACGAAAAGAGCUCAACUUCUGCACCAAGACCAACAUACGGGUAUUGGGAGUCGUGGAAAACAUGAGCGGCUACGUGUGUCCGCACUGCAGCGAGUGCACAGACAUAUUCGGAUCUGGGGGAGGGAAGAGCAUGGCGGAGGAAUUUGGGGUGCCGUUCCUGGGGAGUGUUCCUAUGGAUGCGCAGUUCAUUUCUCUGGUUGAGGAAGGUAGACGACCGACAUACCCGUCUGGUACGACGGUGAAUGGGAAGGAUAUUUCGGGGACAAACGGUGAGGGGGAGGGAGGGAGCUUGGUCGAUAAGUACCGGGAUUGUUCACUGUUUCAUGUAUUUGGAGAUAUCACAGAAAAGGUCAUGACAAACGUGGCUAAUUGA